CAGCUUCGAACCCUUCUCCCUGGAAGGGCUCCCGAGAUGGCCCUGGCCCUGUGGGUCUUUGGUCUGCUGGACUUAGCCUUCUUGGUGUCAGCCAACAUCUUUGAGUACCAGGUGGACGCCCAGCCGCUCCGCCCAUGUGAGCUGCAGAGGGAGAGGGCUUUUGCAAGGCAAGAAGACUACGUCCCCCAGUGCGCCGAGGACGGCAGCUUCCAGACCGUCCAGUGCGGGAAGGAUGGGGCCUCCUGCUGGUGUGUGGACGCUGAUGGCAGGGAAGUGCCUGGUAGCCGGCAGCCCGGGCGGCCUGCGGCCUGUCUGUCGUUCUGCCAGCUGCAGAAGCAGCAGAUUCUGCUCAGCAGCUACAUCAACAGCACGGCCGCGUCCUACCUACCCCAGUGUCAGGACUCGGGGGAUUACUCGCCCGUGCAGUGUGACCUGCGGCGGCGGCAGUGCUGGUGUGUGGACGCGGAAGGGAUGGAGGUGUACGGCACCCGCCAGCAGGGGAGGCCGGCACGCUGUCCGAGGAGCUGUGAGAUAAGAAACCGCCGUCUCCUCCACGGUGUGGGCGACAGGUCGCCACCCCAGUGUUCCCCAGAUGGGUCCUUCAGGCCAGUGCAGUGCAAGUUCGUCAACACCACAGACAUGAUGAUUUUCGACCUGGUCCACAGCUACAACAGAUUCCCAGAUGCAUUUGUGACCUUUAGUUCCUUCCGGAGCAGGUUCCCAGAGGUGUCUGGGUAUUGUUACUGUGCGGAUAGCCAAGGGCGGGAACUGGCUGAGACAGGUUUGGAGCUGUUACUUGAUGAAAUUUACGACACUAUUUUUGCCGGCCUGGAUCUUGCUUCCACCUUUGCUGAGACCACUCUGUACCGGAUAUUGCAGAGACGGUUCCUAGCAGUGCAGCUAGUCAUCUCCGGCAGAUUCCGAUGCCCCACGAAAUGUGAAGUGGAGCGGUUUGCAGCCACCAGAUUCCAUCACCCCUACGUACCGAGCUGCCGCCCGGACGGGGAGUACCAGGCGGCACAGUGCCAGGGGAAAGGGCCAUGCUGGUGUGUGGACAGCCGGGGACAGGAGCUCCCGGGGACGCGGCGGCGAGGGGAGCCUCCGUCCUGUGCUGAAGACCAGUCCUGUCUCUCCGAGAGGCGGCGGGCCUUUUCCAGACUCCUCUUUGGGCCCUCCGGCUACUUGAGCCUGCGGAGCUUGUUCUUGGCUCCUGAGGAAAGAUCGGUGUCUCAGAGACUCGCCAGAUUUGCUGCGCCCUGCCCACCCUCGAUCAAGGAGCUCUUUCUGGAUUCCGGAAUUUUCCAGCCAAUGCUGCAAGGACGGGCCUCACGGUUUGUCGCCCCAGAAAGUCUCCUCAAGGAAGCCAUUAGAGGGAUCUUUCCCUCCCGAGAGCUGGCCCGCCUCGCCCUGCAGUUCACCACCAACGCAAAGCGACUGCAGCAAAACCUCUUCGGGGGGAGAUUUUUGGUGAACGUAGGCCAGUUUAACUUGUCUGGAGCCCUGGGCACAAGAGGCACAUUUAACUUCAGUCACUUUUUCCAGCAGCUGGGUCUCCCAGGCUUCCAGGAUGGACUGGCACUAGCUGAUCUGGCCAAGCCUGUCUCUGUGGGACUGAAUUCAAAUUCUGCCUCUGAAGCCCCAAAAGCCUCCAAGACAGACGUUGCCCCAAGGAAGCCAGUUGUGGGCAGCUUUGGCUUUGAAGUCAACUUACAAGAGAACCAAAAUGCCCUGCAAUUCCUUUCUUCCCUCCUGGAGCUUCCAGAAUUCCUUCUCUUCUUGCAGCAUGCUCUUUCUGUGCCAGAGGACACAGCAAGGGAUUUAGGUGACGUGAUGGAAAUGGUGUUCAGCUCUCAGGGCUGCGGGCAGGCACCUGGCAGCCUUUUCGUCCCGGCAUGCACUGCGGAAGGGAGCUACGAGGAGGUCCAGUGCUUCGCGGGAGACUGCUGGUGCGUGGACGCCCGGGGCCGAGAACUUGCCGGCUCCCGAGUUAGAGGUGGACGACCCCGGUGCCCCACGGAGUGCGAAAAGCAGAGGGCGCGCAUGCAGAGCCUCUUGGGUAGCCAGCCCGCUGGGUCCAGCCUGUUUGUCCCUGCUUGUACCAGCGAUGGGAACUUUCUCCCUGUCCAGUGCUUCAACUCAGAGUGCCACUGUGUGGACACCGAGGGUCAGCCUAUUCCUGGAACUCGAAGUGCGCUCGGAGAGCCCAAGAAAUGCCCCAGCCCCUGUCAGUUACAGGCCGAGCGAGCCUUCCUCGGGACGGUGCGGACCCUGGUCUCCAAUCCCAGCACGCCGCCCGCCCUCUCCAGCAUCUAUAUCCCGCAGUGCAGUGCCAGUGGGCAGUGGAGCCCCAUGCAAUGUGACGGGCCCCCCGAGCAGGCCUUCGAGUGGUAUGAACGCUGGGAGGCUCAGAACAGUGCUGGCCAGGCGCUGACCCCAGUGGAAUUGCUAAUGAAGAUCAUGAGCUACAGAGAAGCAGCUUCCAGAAACUUCCGUCUCUUCAUUCAAAAUCUGUACAAGGCUGGCCAACAAGGCAUCUUCCCAGGGCUGGCGAGAUACUCUUCUUUCCAAGAUGUCCCAGUGUCGGUGUUGGAAGGGAACCGGACCCAGCCUGGAGGGAACGUGUUUCUGGAACCCUACCUCUUCUGGCAGAUCCUAAACGGCCAGCUUGACCGAUACCCAGGGCCCUACUCAGACUUUAGCGCCCCUCUGGCGCACUUUGACCUCCGGAGCUGCUGGUGUGUGGAUGAGGCUGGUCAGAAGCUAGAAGGAACCCAGAAUGAGCCCAGCAAGGUCCCAGCAUGUCCUGGCUCUUGUGAGGAAGUGAAGCUUCGCGUCCUGCAGUUCACCAGGGAAGCAGAAGAGAUUGUCACGUAUUCCAACAGUUCUCGCUUCCCUCUGGGAGAGAGUUUCCUUGCAGCCAAAGGAAUCCGGCUGACGGACGAGGAGCUGGCCUUUCCUCCACUCUCCCCAUCUCGGGAGACUUUCUUGGAGAAGUUUCUGAGCGGGAGCGAUUAUGCCAUUCGACUGGCAGCUCAGUCCACCUUUGACUUCUACCAGAGACGCCUGGUGAGCCUGUCCGAGUCCCCACGAGCAUUCAGCCCUGUGCGGUCCAGCCCCUAUGUGCCGCAGUGUGAUGCCUUUGGAGGCUGGGAGCCUGUGCAGUGCCAUGCCACGACGGGGCACUGCUGGUGUGUGGACGGGAGGGGAGAGUACGUCCCCGCCUCGCUGACCGCCCGCUCCCGGCAGAUCCCGCAGUGCCCCACCAGCUGCGAGAGAUCGCGAGCCAGUGCGCUGCUUUCCAGCUGGAAACAGGCUGGUGUCCAAGCAGAACCAUCUCCUAAAGGCCUGUUCAUCCCGACCUGCUUAGAGACAGGAGAGUUUGCCAGGCUGCAGGCGUCGGAGGGUGGCACCUGGUGUGUGGAUCCAGCCUCAGGAGAGGGCGUGCCCCCUGGCACAAACAGCAGUGCCCAGUGCCCGAGCCUCUGUGAAGUGCUCCAGAGGGGAGUCCCCUCCGGGAGAACCAGCCCCGGCUACAGCCCGGCCUGCAGGGCAGAGGACGGAGGCUUCUCCCCAGUGCAGUGCGACCCGGCCCAGGGCAGCUGCUGGUGCGUCCUGGACAGCGGAGAGGAGGUGCCCGGGACUCGCGUGGCCGGGAGCCAGCCAGCCUGUGAGAGUCCACAGUGCCCACUGCCCUUCAGCGUGGUGGACGUGGCCGGCGGGGCCGUCCUGUGUGAACGUGCUUUGGGCCUGGGCGCAGCCACCAGGCAGCAGUGCCAACUACGGUGCGGCCGGGGCUACCAGAGCGCUUUCCCGCCGGAGCCACUGCUGUGCAGCGUGCAGAGGAGACGCUGGGUGUCCCAGCCGCCCCAGCCCCAUGCCUGCCAACGGCCCCAGUUCUGGCAGACUCUCCAGACCCAAGCGCAGUUCCAGCUCCAGCUCCCUCUGGGCAAGGUGUGCAGUGCCGACUACUCGGGCUUGCUGCUGGCGUUCCAGGUCUUCCUGUUAGACGAGCUCACGGCCCGCGGCUUCUGUCAGAUCCAGGUGAACACGGCGGGAACCCCUGUCUCCAUCCCCGUCUGUGACGACUCCUCAGUGAAGGUGGAGUGUCUGAGCAGGGAGCGGUUAGGAGUCAACAUCACAUGGAAACUGCAGCUUGCAGACGUGCCCCCCGCCUCUCUUCCAGACCUGCGGGACGUUGAGGAGGCCUUGGCUGGCAAGUAUCUCGCUGGGCGCUUUGCAGAUCUGAUCCAGAGCGGAACAUUCCAGCUUCAUCUGGAUUCCAAGACCUUCUCGGCAGACACCUCCAUCCGCUUCCUCCAAGGCGACCGCUUUGGCACCUCUCCCAGGACACAGUUUGGGUGCCUGGAAGGAUUCGGCCGAAUCGUGACCACCAGCGAUGCCAUUCAGGAUGCCCUGGGGUGUGUCAAGUGUCCGGAAGGAAGCUAUUUUCAAGAUGAGCGGUGCGUUCCCUGUCCUGCUGGAUUCUACCAAGAACAGGCAGGGAGCCUGGCCUGUGUCCCCUGUCCUGAGGGCAGAACUACCGUUUAUGCUGGAGCUUUCAGCCAGACUCACUGUGUCACCAACUGUCAGAAGAAUGAGAUGGGCCUGCAGUGUGACCAGGACGGCCAGUACCGAGCCAGCCAGAGGGACAGGACCAGCGGGAAGGCCUUCUGUGUGGACGGCGAGGGGCGGAGGCUGCCCUGGACGGAAGCAGAGGCCCCGCUGGUGGAUGCUCAGUGUCUAAUGAUGCGGAAAUUUGAGAAGCUUCCAGAAUCUAAGGUGAUCUUCAAUGCUGAUGUGGCUGUGAUGGUCAGGUCUGAAGUUCCCGGUUCUGAGCCCUCACUGAUGCAGUGCUUGGCAGACUGUGCACUGGACGAGGCCUGCAGCUUCCUCACAGUGUCCACAGCAGAAUCAGAAGUGUCCUGUGAUUUCUAUGCUUGGGCAAGUGACAACAUUGCUUGCAUGACUUCCGAUCGGAGUGAAGACGUGUUGGGGACCUCGCAGACCACCAGCUUUGGAAGUCUUCAGUGUCAGGUGAAAGUGAGGAGCAGGGAAGGAGACCCUCUAGCUGUGUAUCUGAAAAAGGGCCAAGAGUUCACCAUCACAGGUCAGAAAAGAUUUGAACAAACUGGUUUCCAAAGUGCACUCUCUGGAAUGUACAGCCCCGUCACCUUCUCAGCCUCAGGAGCCAGUCUGACUGAGGUCCAUCUCUUCUGUCUUCUCGCCUGUGACAGUGAUUCCUGUUGCGAUGGCUUCAUCCUCGUGCAGGUCCCAGGAGGCCCCCUCCUCUGUGGGUUGCUGAGCUCCCCCGAUGUCCUGCUGUGCCACGUCAGAGACUGGAGGGACCCCCAGGCUAAUGCUUCCUGUCCCGGAGUGACCUAUGACCAGGACAGCCGCCAGGUGAUGCUGCGUCUGGGAGGACAGGAGAUCGGGGGUCUGACCCCCCUGGAAGGAACCCAGGACACCUUGACCAGCUUCCAGCAGGUUUAUCUCUGGAAAGAUUCUGACAUGGGGUCUCGACCUGAGUCUAUGGGAUGCAGAAGAGGCAUGGAACCAAGGCCAGCAUCUCCAUCAGAAACAGAUUUGACAACAGGUCUUUUCUCCCCUGUGGACCUUAUCCAGGUCAUCGUCGAUCGAAACCUAUCCCUGCCCAGCCAGCAACACUGGCUUUUCAAACACUUAUUUUCACUUCAGCAGGCAAACCUGUGGUGCCUUUCUCGCUGUGUUGGAGAGCCCCCUUUCUGUCAGCUGGCAGAGGUAAUGGACAGUGAACCCUUGUACUUCACCUGCACCCUCUACCCAGAGGCCCAGGUGUGUGACGAUACCCUGGAGUCCAGUCCCAAGGGCUGCAGGCUGAUCCUGCCCCGAAGGCCAAGUGCCCUCUACAGGAAAAAAGUUGUGCUGCAAGACAGAGUGAAGAAUUUUUACACUCGCCUACCAUUCCAGAAGCUGACGGGGAUUUCCAUUAGAAACAAAGUGCCUAUGUCUGACAAAUCCAUUUCCAGUGGCUUCUUCGAAUGUGAGCGACUGUGUGACAUGGACCCGUGCUGCACCGGCUUUGGCUUUCUGAACGUUUCUCAGUUAAAAGGAGGAGAGGUGACAUGCCUAACUCUGAACAGCUUGGGCCUUCAGACGUGCAGUGAGGAAUAUGGAGGGGUCUGGCGCAUUAUGGACUGUGGCUCCCCAGACACUGAGGUCCGCACCUACCCCUUCGGAUGGUACCAGAAGCCUGAUUCUCAAAGUGACACUCCCAGUUUUUGCCCUUCGGUGGCUCUGCCUGCCCUCGAGGAGAAUGUCUCUCUGGACUCAUGGCAGUCCCUGGCCCUCUCUGCAGUGAUUGUUGAUCCAUCCAUCAGGAACUUUGACAUUGCGCACGUCAGCACCGCUGCCAUGGGGAACUUCUCUGCGGCCCGAGACCGCUGCUUGUGGGAGUGUUCCCGUCACCAGGACUGCCUUGUCACCACUCUGCAGGCCCAACCUGGAGCUGUGAGGUGUAUGUUCUAUUCUGAUACCCAGAGCUGCACACAUAGCCUGCAGGCCCAGAACUGCCAACUUCUGCUCCACGAAGAGGCCACCUACAUCUACCGGAAGCCAAACAUCCCUCUGCCCGGCCUUGGGACAUCUCCACCUUCAGUGCCCAUCGCCACCCACGGCCAGCUGCUGGGCAGGUCGCAGGCCAUUCAAGUGGGCACUUCGUGGAAGCCAGUGGACCAGUUCCUGGGAGUUCCGUAUGCCGCCCCGCCCCUGGGGGAGAAACGCUUCCGGGCCCCCGAGCACUUGAACUGGACUGGGUCCUGGGAAGCCACCAAGCCACGGGCCAGGUGCUGGCAGCCAGGCAUCAGGACGCCCACGCCUCCCGGGGUCAGCGAAGAUUGCCUGUAUCUCAACGUGUUUGUCCCGCAGAACAUGGCCCCCAAUGCGUCUGUGCUGGUGUUCUUCCACAACGCCGCGGAGGGCAAGGGCAGUGGGGACCAGCCGGCAGUGGACGGCUCCUUCCUGGCUGCUGUCGGCAACCUCAUCGUGGUCACGGCCAGCUAUCGCACGGGCAUCUUCGGAUUCCUGAGUUCCGGGUCCAGCGAGCUGAGCGGCAACUGGGGGCUGCUGGACCAGGUGGUGGCUCUGACCUGGGUGCAGACCCACAUCCGAGCGUUUGGCGGGGACCCUCAGCGCGUGACCCUGGCAGCAGACCGUGGCGGAGCCGACGUGGCCAGCAUCCACCUUGUAAACACCAGGGCCGCCAACUCCAGACUCUUCCGGAGAGCUGUGCUGAUGGGUGGCUCUGCACUUUCCCCUGCUGCGGUCAUCAGGCCAGAGAGGGCUCAGCAACAGGCAGCUGCUUUGGCAAAGGAGGUUGGCUGCCCCAGCUCGUCCGUCCAAGAAAUGGUGUCCUGCCUCCGCCAGGAGCCGGCCAGCAUCCUCAAUGAUGCCCAGACCAAGCUGCUGGCUGUGAGUGGUCCUUUCCACUACUGGGGUCCGGUGGUCGACGGCCAGUACCUCCGAGAGGCCCCAGCCCGAGCGCUGCAGAGGGCCCCACGGGUCAAGGUGGAUCUGCUCAUCGGAAGUUCUCAGGACGACGGACUCAUCAACAGAGCCAAGGCUGUGAAGCAAUUUGAGGAAAGUCAAGGCCGGACCAGUAGCAAAACAGCCUUUUAUCAGGCGCUGCAGAACUCCCUGGGUGGCGAGGCAGAGGACGCCAGUGUGCAGGCUGCAGCUACGUGGUACUACUCCCUGGAGCAUGACUCAGACGACUACGCCUCCUUCUCCCGCGCCCUGGAGCAGGCCACGCGAGACUACUUUAUCAUCUGCCCUGUGAUCGACAUGGCCAGUCACUGGGCAAGGACGGUCCGAGGAAACGUCUACAUGUACCACGCUCCAGAAAGCUACAGCCACAGCAGCUUGGAAUUGCUGACAGAUGUUCUGUAUGCCUUUGGACUUCCCUUCUACCCUGCCUACGAGGGGCAGUUUACUCUGGAGGAGAAAAGCCUUUCCCUGAAAAUCAUGCAGUAUUUUUCCAACUUCAUCCGAUCCGGAAAUCCCAACUACCCUCAUGAGUUCUCCAGGAGAGCACCUGAAUUUGCAGCCCCCUGGCCUGACUUUGUCCCCCGCGAUGGCGCAGAGAGCUACAAGGAGCUCAGUGUCCUGCUCCCCAACCGACAGGGCCUGAAAAAAGCCGACUGCUCCUUCUGGUCCCAGUACAUCCAGUCUCUGAAGGCCUCGGCAGAUGAAACUAAGGACGGGCUGUCAGCAGAGAGCGAAGAGGAGGACCAGCUGGCUGGCUCUGGGCUGACAGAGGACCUCCUGGGUCUCCCAGAGUUAGCCUCCAAGACCUACAGCAAGUGACCAGCCCCAUCCCAAAUGCCACCCUGGACACCUUAUUCUCCAACAUAGCCGCUAUCAAUAAAGUGUCUACCUGCAGAAAAGC